AUGUCUUUCCGCGGCUUGGGUUUCUUUCCUUUCCCUGCUCUUGUGAUUGAUCUUCUCCUGGCUUCUACAGUAGUGUCCAAUCCCAACAGUACGAAUUUCUGCAGUUCCCCUUUCAACUGCAGCAACUCAACUCCAAUUCUCUUCCCCUUCAGUUCUCUCAAUUCUUCUUGUGGUGUCAACCUCAUAUCAUGCAACGGGAACGUCACUAAGAUUCAUCUAUUCAACAGCGAUUUCAUUGUUAAAAGAAUCACAUACCUUGAUCGUGGCUUGAAUGUUUGCUACCAAGAUUCGUAUGGGACAAAACGUUGCUCAUCACCUCAAAACUUCAGCUUCUCUGGAAGACUCCUUACUAGUGGUUUCCGGCUCUUUGGUCCCAAACUUACCUUCUUCAGGUGCAAUUCUGCUAAUGAUGGGCUUCUGCAACCUCCGUCCUCAUGGAAGAGAAAUGACUGUGCUGAUGGCUCUUUGCUGUAUUAUUAUUACAGUCCACAGGAACAGAUAAAGCUGCCUCUUGAUGUCCAUCGCAUCAAUUGUCCUAUGUAUGAAAUCCCUGCUGGUGUUGAGGAGUCCGAGUCUGCAAACUUUUCUGCCAUAUUGAGUGGUGGAUUUUUUCUUCGCUGGAGGUUUGAUUGCCUCAAGUGUACUACCAGUGGGGGCCAGUGUGUAUUUGGAGAAGAUGACGCCCCUGCUUGUUACUGCGAAGAUGGAUCAGUGCACCAUACAAAUUGCUCUGAUGGAUCAUCUUCAAAAUCAGCUGGUAGCGUGAUAUACUCCUGA